AUGUUGAUGGAGUGGCUUCGAGGGAAGCCGGCUGAUGAAUCUGCCGCACCGCAAAAGCCGCCGCAGCGGAAGACGCUAGACUUGGACCCCGAAACGCCGCUCGAGCCCUCGCCAGCGGAGGCCAUCGCGCUGCGCGAGGACGCGUUCCGUAAGAAGCUGGCUGCUAGCGCCAAGGAGGGCCCAGCGUCACCCGCCAAGCUGGUGUCAUACGACACCAUGUUUCGUAGGGCGCAGCGAUUGCUGAUUGAGGGGAACGCAUCAGAAAUACAAGAGGGACUCACGAUGAACUUGUCGCGUCACGCACAGAACGUCAUGAUAUCCUCCAAAUUUGCUCUUGUCUCCCCACAGAUGUCACACUGGGAAGUGGGCCUCCAAAUGAACGGUUUCUCCGAUAUUGUAGUGGCUACAUACAACACAUUGAGCCGCUGGACGCUGAUGUACCAGCGUGUGAGCUCCACGGGGGCGCUGCUGCUUGCCCAGUGCAUGGCGCAGCGGCAGCAGGGCAUGACACAAGGCACGGUUGUGGGCAUGCUGCAGUACCCAUGGGUCUUCGGUGGUUGUACGCAGCUGCAGUACGUGAAGGGCCAAGUGCUCUCAUUGAGUCACACGCAGCGUAUCAUUCGGGGAGUGCAUGUGGGGUCCAAUUUAUCGUGGGACCCCAACACAAAGGGAACGGCCCUCUCCUAUGCGGCCUCCGCCACGAACCCAGCGAAGACGGGAAUGCUGGCUGCGGAGUGGCACCCCAGCAAGGGUGAGUGGAAACUUGCGCUGACACGGAGCGACUGGGCACACGACGCAGAGUUUGCGAUGCAGCUGGAAUACGCCAACAAGGGGGAAAGUAUGUUGAGCCUGCUGAGCUUCGGUCUGCGGAAGCAGUUUGUCGGUGGUGGCGCGAUGAGUGCCGCCCUUUGCGGCUUCUCUAAGCUGAAAGCAAUAGUGGAGUUGCCCUUUGGCGGUGAGCGGCGUGGGUUCAACCAGCUACACUGCCUCUACAACGCUCAGUAUGACAUCAACUCUGGUUCGCUGAAGCACGGGCUAGUUUUCACCGCCUAG